AUGGAAGUGAAACCAGCAAUCUUCCCUCACGAACAAAAAAACCAUGUCUUGUUAACAUGGGCACAGUCAAUGAAUGGGAAAAUUGGAUAUAAAAAUUAUUCAGAUGAUGAGAAAGGAAAUUUAUUUCUAGGGCAAUUGAAGAUAUCCUGCAAAGAAUCUUUUCGUAUGACGCAUGGACUGCGAGCUUCGUUUGAUGCCAUUAUGGUGGGCAGUAAUACUGUUCGGAAUGACAAUCCCAGCCUCACUUGUCGAUACCCUCACCCAGAAGAUUCCACAUGUUUGGCUCCUCUUUCCAUGCAGCCUAUUCCCAUCAUCAUUGACUCGCACCUUUCUCUAAAUUAUGCUUCCCUGAAGGUGAUGGAGUUGGCGCGCUGUGGCCUAACAAAGGCCCCAUGGAUCGUUGUUGCUCCUAGCGUUAUACAAAGGAAAACGAAAGAUGCUCAAUUACAGGAGAGAUGGAAUUGCAUUGAGCAUUACGGCGGUCAAAUCUUUGUUCGAGAUCAAGAAUAUCCAGAGAACUGGAAGGAUUAUGUACAUUUGGAGAAGCUCCAGAGUAAUGGCGCCUCAAGGAUUAUGGUAGAAGGAGGAGCGACCUUAUUAAGAAAGGCAUUUGAAUCUAAUUCAUUCGAUUCCCUCGUAGUCACGAUUGCACCAAAGAUGUUUUCUGAUGAAGAAACAAUAGGAAUCUCUUAUUUGAAACAUCUCAACUUGAAUCAUGCUUUAUGGAUUCCAUGUGGAUCUGAUAUUUUAUUGACUACAUACAAACAUUUUCCAAUGGAAUUGUUGCAAUUGAAGUGA